AUGAGCAUCGCCGCGUCACGUGUGAAAGAACUGGAAGAAAUGUUGGACGAAGAACGUGCUGUUCGCAUUCGGACCGAACGUGAAUUGGGCGAGUUGAACGCCGAAUUCGAUGUGCUCACGGCCAAUUAUCAUGAGGCCAACGAACAGAUUUCACUCCAUGUAAGUAUGCUUUGA